CUUUGCACCCACUUGUCGGAUCCUCUAACAGGUAGAAUAUUUUCUUCUCUUGCUCUACUUUCGCAACUUUGACUCACACAUUUGCGUCGAAAUCGAGAAGAAACCAUAAGUCAACGAUUUUAACCCUUUGCAAAUGGAUGUAGAGAUCUGGAUCAUCGUCCUCGUCUCGUAAUCUUUCAAACUUCUUGAAGACUCAUUCGCUAGACAUGGGCGGACGUCCAACAAAGAGGCGUCGAGUGGCCAAUCCUUCGGAAAAGCCAGAAGCGGAAUCGAGUCUUCUUUUCAAGCUUCCGUUAGAAUUGCGCUUGCAUAUCUACAAUUACGCUCUCAACGAUGUCACUAUUACCGUUGCAGAUCAAGGGCAGCACAUACAUAACCCUGCUAAUGACUUGUGUUGCAAAAUCGAGGGACUGCCUUUGAGAUAUGUCCCACUGGUUACGAACACUUAUAGCCCUGAUAAUAUGAUGAUUGGGCCACCGAAGGCAUUGUCCAAUGAGCACAUGCGAAGAUCCUUGGAUAUGUUGGGGAUGAACAAUUCAGGGGACAACUCAAUUACGCAAAUGAGCAUGGAUUCUGGAUAUUCGAGCGCUACCAAUAGCAUUUACAGCAAUCUUCAAGCCGCCACAAUCAAUCCAUCUUUUUCAAACUUUGAGGGGAAGCUAGACAAUGUCCAAUCAGUCACGAAUAUCUCGCUUCUCCGAAUUAAUUCCCAGAUUCGCAACGAGAUGUUAACACAUCUGCAGUCGCGGAUGUGCACAAGAACAACUUUAUAUGUCACUUAUCCAUAUGGUCUUUUGGUUCUUCGGCAUCACUAUCCUGCCCUUCUAAGGUAUGCCAAAAGCGUGGUCAUUACUGGGACCUAUGAAUGUACCGAGUCUGCUCCCCCUUCUCUCUCGCCUCCACCGGAUUUGACUCAAGCAACAGCCACGAAAACCCUCCGACAGCUCGCAAAUGCGUUAUUCUCUUCUUAUCGCAAGGUCACCCCAGCAACAUUCUACGAUACCAUGCCAACUCUUAACCUGCGUAUAUUCUUUCCCGACGAGCGUCGCUACUCCUCUGUCUGGGGUGAGACUGGGAAUCCUAUCGUUGCAGCCAUGCAGCUUGUUCCGGCAGGCUAUAUCGAGACCAAGACAUGGCGAGCGAGAUUGGGGAAUGGUGUAACUUUGAAAGCUGGCCCACCUAAAACGGAAGGGGAGACGAAGUGGACGAGAAGUGUAAGUAGUGCGUUUCGGCGUCUGAAAGCUCCAAGGCCCCUCUGCAGUCGUUAUCGAAGAAACAAGAAGAGUAGUGAGGAUUUCUGGAUGAGAUCCUUCGGUGAUGAGGAGAUGUUUGAGCGUGAUGUGCCGGAAGAAAGAUGUUGGAAUAGGGCUUGAGCAUGAGUGUUCAUUGAACAGUAAUCGGCGCUGAAAAGAUGAUGUUCUUUUGCAAAUCCAUUAGUUUUAAGUUAUUUGACAACGCCUUGAAUGAUUCGUGAUCGAGCUAAGUCAAUUGCCAUAUAGAUUCCUUAUUUCCGUUGAGGGUGUUCGCAUUAUGAUAUCAAACGUGCGAUUAGCACAUAAAUUUUGAUAAUGUCCAUUAUAAGCGAGUUACAUGUUGCCUACUUUAGAUAACUGCGAC